AUGUGUCUGAUCAAAUUCUACCGAUUAGACUCGGCGUCGCAAAAUUUGAUUAACUUUCAGAUAAUCAGAAAAUUCUCGAGUAGAAAACUAUCGGACAAGCCUCGAUACAUAAAGUUCCUAGACACUAUCAAGUUCAAAAAGAAGCCGUUUGUCGACUCUAAAAAUGUGGCCGCCACGCAGAACAGGAGCCAAAACACGGCCAGUGGGUUUUAUUCCACCAGCCCCAGCAUCAGCACCACAGGCACCACCAGCACCACCAGCAACAGCACCACCAGCAACAGCACCGGCAUCAACAGCACCGGCAUCAACAUCAGCACCAGCACCAGCAUCAGCAUCAGCAUCAGCACCUCCUCCUCCUCCUCCUCGUCGUUCUCACCGUUCUCGUCGCCAUCGUCGUCCUCGUCCUUCAUCACCACCACCACCACCACCACCACCACCACCACGGAUGCCACCGUCACUAUCGCCGUCGCGAUCACCGUCACCACUGUUACCUUCAUGGUUAUCGUCACCGCCGCCACUAGAGCAAGAACAAGGACAACAGGAAGCACCAGAAUUCCCGCUACUACCAUCGUGGCGUCCUCGUCCUCCUCGCCCGCCGCCUUCGCCGAGUCUUCUUCCGACAAGUCCUCCUUUCACACACAUGGCUACUCCUGUCACGAAUCCGCCUCCUCCUAG